UCAUCGAAAAAUAGAGUCUGAAUUUAUGCAAAAACUAAUGACUAAUAACCAAAUUAUCAGUUUGACUGCCUCUAUACCUAAAAUUAAGGGUGUAGAGUUACUGGAAAAUCGAUCUUCUGCUGGGUCUCUUUUAGAAACUGAUAAUUUUUCUUUUGAUAAACUGCAUCAAUUUUUAUUAAAUAUAUAUAAUGUUCAAGAAUCAA